UAAAAGUUCGUAAAUACAAGAUUUUUUAAACUGUUGAAACGGUUUUUUGAAUUGAUUAAAAAAAUUUAACAUUUUAUCGCUUUGAAACGACAGAAAGAAACCUAACAAUUUUUUCAGAUUUUGCCGAUUGAAAUUGACAUCAUUAUCAUUUAACUGAUCAAUUUUACUUGUUUAUAAAUGUAUGUCUUUUGUGGUUAUGCUCAUUACACGUUUUAUAUGUGGCCUCAAUAAAUGCUAUCGAUUUUCUUGUUGUUCUCAAAAACUGAAUUUGUUUCUCCAUAACAAUAUGGAUUCAACUAAAAGACAGAAUGAAGAUUCUCAUAGUGAAGAUGCUGAAGUUUCAAAAAAAUUGAAAACUGAUAAUGAGGUUCUGAACAAAGUAUUUGAAAAUUCUAACAGAGUUCGCAAACCCAAGAAGAUUGUUCUUCUCUUGAGUUACUUAGGAAAGGACUUUUAUGGAUUGCAGAGAAAUCAAAAUGUAAAUACCGUUGAAGAAGAGUUAUUAAAAGCUCUUCUAAAAGCCAAUAUAAUCUUAGAAGAUGAGUUUAAUCAUCCAAAAACUAUGAAGUUUCAAAGAGCUGCUCGAACAGAUAAAGGUGUUUCUGCAGUCCGAAACAUAGUCUCUUUAAAGAUACCCAUAAAAGAAAUAUGUGAAACCCUUCCACAAAAAAUCAACCAGUACCUUCCACCUGAAGUUAGAGUUGUUGCUUAUAAAAGAGUAACUCAGGCUUUUGAUGCAAAAAUUGCUUGUGAUGCUAGAACUUACUCUUAUAUGCUACCAACAUUUGCCUUUGCCCCAAAUGUUGAGGGAAGUUCAGAAGAAUACCGUAUAACUGAUGAACGAGUUCAAGAAGUAAAUGUUUUCUUGAAGAGUUUUUUAGGAACCCAUAACUAUUACAACUUUACAUCUGGGAGAUUGCCUGGUGAUCCAAGUUGCAAAAGAUACAUGAUGUCUUGUGAGUGCUCUUCUCCGUUUGAAUCCAGUGGCAUAGAAUUUACAGUUAUUCAAGUGAAAGGUCAGAGCUUCAUGUUGCAUCAGAUUCGUAAAAUGGUAGGAUUAGCUAUUGCAUAUAUGAGGAAUUUGACUGGUGAGGACAUUUUAAAAAAGACUUGGGAAAAUGAAAGGAUAGACAUUCCAAAAGCUCCAGGCCUUGGUUUAAUGUUAGAAGAACUCCACUAUGAUUGGUAUGAUACAAAAUAUGGCUCUGAUGGUAUUCACGAACCUUUAAAAUGGGACCAGUACAAAGAUGUAAUUGAAACUUUUAAAAAAGAGAAAAUUUGUGCAAAUAUAGCCAAAACUGAAAGAGAAGAAAAAUCUAUGCUACAAUGGCUUCAAACUUUGCCUCAUCACAGUUAUGAUGUCAGAGAUGCUGGGCCACCAUCUAUGUUACCUCCUAAGCUAGUGCAAGCGAAUCAACAAAAUGCAUUAAACGUCAUUAGUACUGAUGUUGUAGAUAAGGAGACUGAAUUAGUUAAAGACUGUGAUAAAGCAUCUGAAUUAGUUAAUGCCGGUGAAAAAGUGACUGAAUUAGUUGAAGAAAAUGAGAAGAUUAGUAUGAAUAUUGAUAUUUCUGAUGUAAAUUCAGAUCUUUCUAGAAAAAUUAAUGAAUCUGAAAUAAAAUGUGAAAGUUAAUGUUUCA